AUGGCUGAGUUUCUUGCAGAUCAUUCUACUGAAGAAUAUGAACCAAUGAGAUUGAAGUUUUUCGAUAAAGAUUUGAUGACUGUUUCCCAAUUAGAGAAGGGGGAGCAUGAAGAAAAGUGUUGGAAAAUAUUGAAGUCUUCAACAAAACUGGAGAUAUUAGAUUUGAGUUCGAAUAAUUUGGUUGGGAAUAUUCCUUCUACGGUAAGGGAACUGGCUUCGCUCAAGGCAUUAUCUUUGGCAUGGAAUGGCUUUAAUGGCUCUUUACCAAUUCCAGGUAUAUGUGAACUAAAUAGACUUCAAGAGUUGGAUCUUAACGGUAAUAGUUUUGAGGGAAUCAUUCCCCAAUGCCUAAACAAUAUGACUUCUCUUCGUCUCAUUGAUCUUGGAGGCAACCAUUUUGAAGGCUCAUUCAAAUUUAGCUUACUUAUGAAUCACUCCAAGCUUAAGACAAUCAUGCUUACUUGUGAUGGUGACAAAUUGAAGAUAGAUGCGGAACAUCUACAUCAAAGCCCAUUGUUUCAGUUAGAGACGUUAAAACUCUCUAACUGUGAUCUCCCAUCGUCAAUUGUGUCACAAGCCAAGUUACAGGUAUUGGAUUGUCCUCUAACAAUUUCUCAGGAGAAGUACCUAAGGAGUUACUUACAUGGUAGUCUAUCUCUACCAAACAAUGUUGAACUUUCGUCAUUAGAAGUUUUUGAUAUCAGCAACAACCGAAUAGAAGGUGAAAUUCCUAGUUGGAUUGGUAAUUUGACAAGCUUACAAAUACUUUCUCUGAACAAGAAUUUAUUUAAAGGUCAGUUUCCUUGUAAAGAGAAACUUUUAUCAAUGGAAUACUUGGACCUUUCUCACAACUUUUUCAAGGGACCCUUGCCUUAUUUCUUUAAUCAGAAUUCUUUAAAGCAACUUAAUUUGGAAGGGAACCAAUUCUGGGGAUCAAUGCCAAGUGAACUUUUCAAUUUCUCGGCUCUGAAGGUGUUGAAUCUUAGAGAUAACAACUUGUCUGGCAGUAUUCCCUACAAUAUUAAUGGAAACCUCCCUAGCUUGAAAGUCCUUUCAUUAGGGAAUAACUAUCUGAAGGGUUUAAUUCCGAAGUUGUUCUGUCAAUUGACAAAUAUAAACACUUUGGAUCUUUCCAACAACUGUUUCUCUGGGCCAAUACCUCAAUGUUUCUAUAAUAUCACCUUUGGGAAGAUCGAGGCAAAAAGAGCUAUCCUCAAUUCACCAGAAUAUUCUACUGAUUUCUCUAUUGCUCCACCUUAUGAGAUACAUGGAAAUCUCUUAAAAUAUAUCUCUGUUGACCUUGAGCCGUCUUACGCUUUCAGAACACGAUUUGAGUUUGAUUUUGUCACUAAAAAUAGGUUUGACGUUUACAAGGCUGGCUUUUUAUAUUUGAUGUCCGGACUUGAUUUGUCAUGCAACAAUCUAACAGGGAAAAUCCCAGUAGCAUUGGGGAACCUAUCCUCAAUUCAUGCAUUAAACUUGUCUCAUAAUCGAUUAGCAGGAGCCAUUCCAAUUUCUCUUUCAAAGCUUGUUGAAAUAGAAAGUUUGGACCUUUCCUACAACUAUUUGAGUGGGGAAAUCCCAUCGGAGCUGACCAACCUUGUGCGUUUGGAAGUCUUCAAUGUGUCACACAACAAUUUAUCUGGUAAAAUUCCAUCCACCAAUCAAUUUUCAACAUUUGAAGAGAGUAGUUAUGAAGAAAAUCCAUUGCUUUGUGGACGGCCAUUAAAUAAAAGCUGCACAAACCCUCCGACACCAUACUUGCUAAUUGUUCCUUCAGAUGAAGCACAAGGGAAAUGGUUUGAAGUUGAUUUUAUUGCCUUCUACGCAAGCUUUGGUGUAACAUAUCUCGUGUUCUUGUUGGGUUUCGUGACUGUUCUAUUCAUCAAUCCUUUUUGGAGGAGAAAAUGGUUCCAUUUCGUCGAGAAUUUCCUCUCUUCCAGCUAUUAUUUUGCUUAUGCUAGUCUAGGCAAAUUAUGGAAUUAA